AUGGAGAGGCUACUACCUGAGGACCUGCAGAGAUGGAGAGGCUACUACCUGAGGAUCUGCAUCCAGAACUACUAUGCACGCAAGAGAUACACGGAGGGACUGGCACGCAGAAACCAACAGAUCAGCUCUCGGCUCAAGGACAUCCAUGAAAGCUGUAACUGCUCUCGUCCUCUUCUUCCUCUGAAGAGGUGUAACAAGGAUUGGACCAAUUUGCAGCGUGUAUUCAACUCUCCAUUCAGACCUGGGCCAGAUGAGAUGGAACUGAGGCUGCGUAGGACCAAGCCCCUGCUGCCCAGGACCUCUCCCAGGGACAGAUCCUCUCUCCUGGGUAACAGCAGCUUCUCAGCCUCCUCCAGCCCUGGGGCCCUUAGAGCUCCUGCACCGCAUACCCAGCAAGAAACCACAGGCGGGCUGGCAGGUUUUGCCCAGACCAAGCUGCUCUCUGUUGCUGUGUCCUUACUAACGUCCCAACCACCAGCCGCCAGCCGCCAGCCGCCAGCCACCAACCGCCAGCCACCAGCCACCAGCCACCGACCACCAGCCACCGGCCACCAGCCACCGGCCACCAGCCACCGGCCACCAGCCACCGGCCACCAGCCACCGGCCACCAGCCACCAGCCACCAGCCACCAGUCACCAGCCACAGACCAUGGAAGUUAGCUUUAGCUUUAAUGAUCCUUCUCUCUCUCUCUACCCAUGUAACCAUCCUUUGACCUCUAACGCCUGUGUGAACUUCCUCAGGAGUCAGACCAAGACCUUUGCCUAUGACUACUGUUUCUGGUCCAUGGACGAGUCGGAAAAGGACAAGUUUGCGGGUCAGGACGUGGUGUUCCAGUGCCUUGGGGAGAGUCUUUUGCACAACGCCUUCCAGGGCUACAACGCCUGCAUCUUCGCCUACGGACAGACAGGUUCGGGAAAGUCGUACACAAUGAUGGGUUCUGUGGACUCUCCAGGUCUGAUCCCGCGGCUCUGCAGCUCUCUGUUUGACCGCACCCUGCAGGAGCAGCGGGAGGGGGAAGGCUUCACCAUAGAGGUCUCCUACAUGGAGAUAUACAACGAGAAGGUCCGCGACCUCCUCGACCCCAAAGGGAGCAGGCAGGCUCUUAGAGUGAGGGAGCACAAGGUGUUGGGGCCGUACGUGGACGGCCUGUCACGCCUGGCUGUGGCCAGCUACAAGGACAUUGAGUCUCUGAUGUCGGAGGGGAAUAAGUCUCGUACGGUGGCUGCCACCAACAUGAAUGAGGAGAGUAGCAGAUCUCACGCUGUCUUCAACAUCAUCCUCACACACACACUCAAAGACCUGCAGUCUGGGACGAGUGGUGAGAAGGUGAGUAAGCUGAGUCUGGUAGACCUGGCUGGCAGUGAGAGAGCAGCUAAGACUGGAGCUACUGGAGAGAGGAUGAAGGAGGGCAGCAACAUCAACAAGUCUCUGACUACUCUAGGACUGGUCAUAUCUGCUCUGGCAGAACAGGGAUGUGGGAAAAACAAGACCAAAUUUGUCCCUUACAGAGACUCUGUGCUAACAUGGCUGCUAAAGGACAGCCUAGGCGGCAACAGCCGCACGGCCAUGGUGGCCACGGUGAGCCCGGCAGCAGACAACUACGACGAGACGCUGUCCACGCUGCGCUACGCCGACCGGGCCAAGAGCAUCGUCAACCACGCUGUUGUCAACGAGGACCCCAACGCACGCAUCAUCAGGGAGCUCCGAGAGGAGGUGGAGAAACUACGGGACCAGCUGACACAGGCAGAGUCUAUGAAGGCCCCAGAGCUGAAGGAGAGGCUGGAGGAGUCUGAAAAACUCAUCCAGGAGAUGACCGUCACCUGGGAGGAGAAACUACGCAAGACGGAGGAGAUCGCACAAGAGCGUCAGAAACAGUUGGAGUCCCUGGGCAUCUCUCUCCAGUCGUCUGGCAUCAGAGUGGGAGAAGACAAGUGUUUUCUAGUCAACCUCAACGCUGACCCCGCUCUCAACGAACUGCUGGUCUACUACCUGAAGGAGCACACUAAGGUUGGUUCAGCAGACUCCCAGGACAUUCAGCUGUGUGGGAUGGGUAUUCAGGCUGAACACUGCAUCAUAGACAUCACAGCUGACCAACGGGUGGUCCUCACUCCUCACAGGAACUCAAGAACGUGUGUGAACGGCUCUCCUUGCACCAGCCCUCAGCAGCUCCACCAUGGAGACCGCAUCCUGUGGGGAAACAACCACUUCUUCAGGAUCAACCUGCCUAAGUGGCGGUCGCGGGGUGGUGGUGAGGAAGAGGAGGGUGAGGGGGGCCUGAUGAAGAACAGUAGCAGUAGUGAACAGCUGGAGGGCGACGGAGACACCAACAGUGAGGUUUCCUCCGAGGUCUCCUUCUCCUACGAGUUCGCCCAGACAGAGGUCAUGAUGAAGGCCCUGGGCAACAAUGACCCCAUGCAGGCAGUGCUCCAGUCCCUAGAGAGGCAGCACGAGGAGGAGAAGCGCUCGGCGCUGGAGAGACAAAGGCUGAUGUACGAACAGGAACUGCAACAGCUGAAACGACGGCUGCACCCGGAUAGACCGUCUGUAGGACAGACAGGCAUGGCCCCCAGCCAAUCACAGGGCCAGGCUGACAGGCCGGGACAGCCCCACUACCGCAGCCUGGAGAGACUCAGCAUGUCCAACUCACCCAGCGCACAGAGCAGGCUGAAGCAGUGGAGCGAGGAGAGAGAGGCGAUGUUGACCCGGAGCCUGCGUAAGCUGAGGGAGCAGAUAGUGAGAGCUAACCUGCUGGUGCAGGAGGCUGGCUUCAUAGCAGAGGAGCUGGACAAACGCACCGAGUACAGAGUCACCUUGCAGAUACCUGCUGCUAACCUCAAUGCCAACCGCAAGCGUGAUGCAGUGCUCAGUGAGCCUGCGGUGCAGGUGAGGCGUAAGGGGAAAGGGAAGCAGAUCUGGGCUCUGGAGAAGAUGGAGAACAGACUGGUGGACAUGAGAGAACUGUACCAGGAAUGGAAGGAGUACGACGAUGACAACCCAGUGAUGCGUUCCUACUUUAAGCGUGCCGACCCGUUCUUUGAUGAGCAGGAGAACCACAGUCUGAUCGGCGUAGCCAAUGUCUUCCUGUCCUGUCUGUUCUAUGACGUCAAGCUGCAAUACGCAGUACCCAUCAUCAACCAGAAGGGGGAGGUGGUUGGGAGGUUACACGUGGAGGUGGUGAGAGUGGCGGGGGGGGUUGAGGACAGCAUGGCUGGCGGAGAGGACAAUGAGACCAGCCCCGACGGAGAGGUGCAGGAGAGGAAACUGGUCUGCAUGAUCAAGAUUCUUCAGGCAACAGGUCUCCCCCAGUACCUUUCCAACUUUGUCUUCUGCCAAUACUCGUUCUGGGACCAGGCGGAGCCCAUAAUCGUGGCCCCAGAGGUGGACCCCUCUGCCUCGUCCCCAAGCAGCAAGGACCCUCACUGCAUGGUGGUCUUUGACAGCUGCAAGGAGAUGGGUGUGUCAGUAACAGAGGAGUUUAUAGAGUAUCUGACAGAGGGGGCAGUGGCCAUGGAGGUGUACGGACACAGACAGGCCGCCGCCGGACAGGCUGACUCCGGCAGGAACCCUGCCUUCUGGGACCUCAGCAUUAUACAAGCCAAGACACGCACACUACGGGACAGGUGGAGUGAGGUAACACGUCGUCUGGAGAUGUGGAUCCAGGUGUUGGAGAUCAACGAGAACGGAGACUUCAUGCCUGUGGAGGUCAUACCUGCCAAAGACGUACGCACAGGAGGUAUAUUCCAACUGCGACAGGGCCAGUCCAGACGUCUGCAGGUGGAGGUGAAGUCUGUGCAGGACAGUGGGACGAUGCCGCUGAUAGCGGAGGUGCUGUUGGCCGUGUCUGUGGGCUGUGUGGAGAUCAGACAGACACGCCAGGCCAAGGCCAACAACGAACCCGUACAGAUGGAGGGGGAUGAGAUGGACAGCUAUCAGGAGCGUGAUCUAGAGCGUCUGCGUCAUCAGUGGCUGACGGCUCUCACCAAGAGACAGGAGUACCUGGACCAACACCUUCAGACCCUGGUCAGCAAGCCAGAGAAGACAGAGGAUGACGUGGAGAGGGAGGCCCAGCUGUUGGAAUGGCGCCUGACACUGACCGAGGAGAGGAACGCCGUCAUGGUGCCUUCAGCUGGGAGCGGCAUCCCUGGAGCUCCUGCAGAGUGGGUCCCCCUACCUGGAAUGGAGGCCCAUACCCCUGUUCUUUUCCUGGACCUCAGUGCGGAUGACUUCAGUUCCCAGGAUGCUUUGGAGGUCCCGGAGGCUGGGGGUUGGGACGCCACUCUGAGCGGAGAGGACGAGGAAGAAUUCUUUGACCUGCAGAUCGUCAAACAUUAUGAUGAAGAGGUAAAAGCUGAGGCAUCGUGGGACUCCACAGUGCACCAGUGUCCCCAGCUGAGCCGCGGUGGAGCGUGCCCGGAGCAGAGGGUGUAUCUGACGGUGCGCUGCGUGGUACAGCUCAGCCAUCCGGCAGACAUGCAGCUGGUGCUGAGGAAACGGAUCUGUGUCAACCUGAACCCCGGCAGACAGGGCUUCGCUCAGAACCUCCUCAAGAGGAUGUCCACGCGCUCCACCAUCCCCGGCUGUGGGGUCACCUUCGAGGUGGUCUCCAACAUCCCCGGGGAUGCCCAGGGUUCAGAGGACAGGGAGAUGUUGGCUCGUCUAGCCGCCAGCGCUGAGAACCCCAAGUCAGCCGACAACGAGGCGGCCAUAGAGAAAUACCUCCGCAGUGUCCUGGCUGUGGAGAACAUCCUCACUCUGGACCGACUACGACAGGAAGUGGCGGUGAAGGAGCACCUGGCAGGCAAAGGGAAGGGUAACAGACGCAGUCUCAGCUCCCCCAGUGUCCACAGGCUCUCUGGCAGCAGACAGGACCUGUCCUCUGACUGCAAUCUGGACGACAACAAGACUCGCUGGGAGAGCCAGCAGGACAUCUUCAUGAACUCGCCCCAGUUUAGCCACACCCUGCCUCGUCCCUCCUCCUCUCCCCCUACUACUCCCCCACAGAACCAGAUCCAGGACCCAGAGCAAGGUCGUUCAGGGCUUGCUGCCUCUUAUCUUUCAGUCAAAGCCCUGGUGCCACAGAUGCCCAAGCUGCUCAAGUCCCUGUUCCCUGCCCGCGAGGACAAGAAGGAGCCCCUGCGUCCCUCACCCCACUCUCUACAGCACAUGCCUCGUAUCAUCAUGCAGACGACGGGGCCUGAAGACAGCAGGAUCAGGAUAGAAUCGGUUGCUACGGUAGGGAGGACCGCCCUUAUCCCGGCCCUGACCAAUGACAGGUGGUCAGAGUCCACCGAAGCCCCUCUUCCUAUUCCGUCCUCCCAGCAUGACUAUCCCCUCAGCCCCAUCAGCGAGGCCUCCAGCGGCUACUUCUCCACUAGUGUUUCCACUGCAACCCUGACCGAGGCUUCAGCCAGCACCGCUGGUGACCACCCUGCCACCCCCCUCCGCCCCUCCUCCUCCCUCACCCUCGUAGAUGCAGGGGUGGGACUAAAGGGGAUUGAUGCUCCUGAAACUACGUUACCCAGAACCCAGCAGCAGCAGCGAGCUGGACGGAACGGUGUUACUGCUGCCUCUCCUCAGUAUGACAACAAAAUGGCCACCACAGGUCCCGGCUACAGCGUCACCACAGGCAACAAGCCCUUCUCCGUACAGAGGGUGUCGACGUCGGACCUGAAGUCGUUCCAGCAGCGCAUCCUGGGGGAGGAAGUGGAGGCGAGAGGAGGAGGAAGACAAGGGAGUUUGGAGAGACUGGAAAUCGUCCUGGACGACGAGGAUGGCGGCUGCGACUACGUGCUACCUGAUUGGCUGAGAGAGGGGGUGUACGUGAUGGUGGGAGCCAAUAAGGGCGGGACAGUGCGCUACGUGGGCAACACUGAGUUCGCCGAGGGCGUGUGGGUCGGGGUGGAGCUUGACUCUCCCUCAGGUAAGAACGACGGGUCCGUAGGCGGGCGCCACUACUUCCGCUGUAACCCUGGUUAUGGUGUCCUGGUGCGUCCCGACCGGGUUCUCCGACGGGAGCGUUCCACCAAACGGAACCCGGAGAACCGGCGCAGCGGCGAGUUCUACCAGCCCGUUCUGCGGGGAGAGUCCACUAUCAGGAGAGGGGAGAACCGCAAGUCCUGGAGCAGCUGAACUGGAGAGAAACAGGCUUGGCUGGGAGAGACCAUUAUUCUACACAUCCCUCUGUCUCCUGGCUCAGAUCAACUAGAAACACAUCCUGUUUCUAAGCCUCCAUCUCGCUUAGCACCCUGUCUCUCAAUCUCCCCCUAACUAUGCAAUACUACUGCAUCUAAUGGAAAACGGUCCCUGUCCUAUGCCCACCCGUAGCUAUGGAGCAGUACGUUAGAUCUGUCUGGGUUCAUUUCAAUAGGGAAGACCUUUACCCAACAAGCCCCUGCUGUCUCCCCAUCUGGACACAGCCUGUGGUAUGGAUUGGGCACAGGCCCUGAGUGGUUCCACAGCACCUGAAGUAGUCUACAGAGUGUUGCUGUCUGUAUGAAGUGACCCACUGGGUGGCUAAUAGGAACUGUUUCUCCUUGGGCCAAGGUUCAGGUUCUGAAGUGAUGACAUCAAUUUCUCUGAUGUCAUCAAACUCUGGUCACACUUCGAGAAUCCUUCUGAAAGAAUGAGACUACUAUUCCACCGGACUCUGACCGGAACGCCCCUCUUUUUUCAAUGGAACUGUCUAUUUUACCCCCCCCCCCCUCCUAUUUUUGAAUGGAACUGUCCCUUUUAACUAAAUGAUAUUAUCAGUCCUUUAUGUGGACUGACAUUUUAACAGUUACUGUAUCUGUUUCCCCUGUGAAGUCAUUCAUCUGAAAUGAUCGAUUCUUCCAGAAUGUGCCUUCAUGAGUUUAUUUUACUUUGUUAUAUUUCUUAGUGUUUUUAUUCGAUACACGUUUCUCCCUCUGUUGAGCUUUGACGAGAAUGCCUUGUGUAAGUGUGAGGUGAUCUCAGGGACUGCAGAGUGGACAUGGACGUACCUGUGAGAAGAUUUGUGUGUGUGUGCGCCUGUGUUUUAAAGGUUUGGCCCUUGAAGCUGAAUUUAACCAUGGCAAUUUACAGUAUAGGCUGGGAGAAAAAUGAUCCCUGCGCGUGUGUGUAUAUGCACGUCUGUGUGUGUGCAUGUUUCCGGCUGAUCUGAAAGAUGAAGCACCGUCGUUAUGACGACGUGGUUUGUGCAACAGUAAUAGCCGUUGGUUUUAAAUUGUAAGUUGAAGGAUGGUUCCACUAUGAGAAGCCCUGGGAGAAAAAUUGGUUGAAAUUGCUUUUCUCAAUGUCUUUUUAACAUCAAGUGCUCACUGGGAGAUUUUGCACGUUAGAGGUUAGUUUGGUGACGUGUGUUAGCAGAAUGGUUGUCUUUGGUUCUAGAACUGUUUGAGGAGGUAGCAGUGGUAUGUAUGCUGGACUGCUGGUCUUGUGUGUAUGUAACUUUGUGUUAAUGUUGUGGAGCUUCAUGUAACGUGUGGAUGUUGGAUGGAAGGUAGGAUCUGGUAUGUUUUAUGCUUGUCAUUGAGUUGUGUUUUGGGGGAUAAAGAUCUCUGCAUACAUUCACCAUUUGUGUGAAGAUACAGAUCUGUAAUAGGGUCUAUCAUUUACAUACAGAGUCAAUGGCUUUGGGAGAUGAAAGAAGGCAAGGUUGUGGGAGCAGUGUUUUUUCAGAUUCAGAUUGUUUUAAAAGUUAUUUUGUUUGAAACUAUGGAAUUUUAUUUAAAAUGUUAAUUGAUCCCUGAAGUUCUUACAAAAUGUAGUGAAUCUCAUUUUUAUUAGACAUUUGAAGUUAAUACUUAAAGGGGCAAUCUGCAAUUUCAAACAACAACAAAGUGGUGUCCCCGCCACAGUUUUGGUAAACGGGACUGGAGAAAUGUAACCUCUCUCAAAUUAAUCAAUGGGUGUAUAUCAUUAACUUAAACAUCCCAAAAUGGAUGUAACAACUGCAGAUUGGCUUUUUGAAAUUCCAUUGAAUAGAAAUGUAAACUGUGUAUUCUCACCUAGUGAGCGGAGGUACAAACUGUAACGAGAUGCAGGAUGGGUUUUAACACAAGUCCAUCCAGCAAGCAUGGAGCAGAGUGACAUGAAGGAUCUGAAAGCUCGACCCCUUCACCCCAACGCUAUGACAUUUCUUUUGACUCUUUAUCAUCUGAUUUAAGAGAAGCCUAAAUUUGCAAUGUUAUAUAUAUUUUAAUGGUUGUACAUAUGCCUUUAUCAUGUGAAAUAGAUAGCCUUCUAAAUUGUACUGGAAAAUAUUGUUGCUUGCACAAGUGAUUUUAUGAGAAAUGGUGCUGCUAUAGUCACUGUUAUAUAACUGUAAAUGGAUUCCAUCAUUGACAUUCUAGUCUUGCUUUUUAGCCUUCUAUACACCACUUGAGAUGGGAGAGAGUAAGGAGGAGUUGUCUAUGGGCUGAUGACUGGCCAAUUGAUAGAGAAAUGGAACGUAGCAAGUGCUUAUUUAUUGUCAUGUACCAAGUUGGUCAGACACUUUACAUUGCUCUUUCUAUAGCUAGGUGUUUUUUAAAAAGUUUGUCGUCAAGCGUUUACCGAGUGAUCAUACUUGUGGUAAUAGGAGGGGAACUGAGUGUGUGAACGCGCAGUGUUGGAAUGAAUGGAUUUGGCCUUCGUCUUCUCACCUCUGCACAGAGACUGAAGAGUGUUUUGAGAUCACUUCAGGCUUAUCUAUUUCUUUAUUUCCGUGCCUCUCUCUCUCUCUCUCAUAUCAGGAAGUAGCUCUGAUUCAAACACAUUUCAUUAACUUUUAUCGGUUAUUUCACAUUGCCGGUGGAGUCUUCGCUUCUGACUCAAAAUAGUUGCAGUGAGGCCGGGAUUCAAUCUGUUCAAACUUUGUCGGCUAUGCACCUUUUAAAAGCAGUGUUCCCGCAUUUGCGGAAACCGUCCUCAUUUCUGUAAAAAUUCACAUUUUUGUAAUUUAGCAGAUGCUCUUAUCCAGUGCGACUUACAGUAGUGCAUACUUUUCUGUACUGAAAAGCAGGUACACAUGUACCUGAAUGCUGAGUAAGGCAGGAAGAGGAAGUCAUUUGUCAAACAUGCAUCCUCUGUCUUUCAUUUCAAUAGGUGUCAUCAUGGACUUUAUAUUUGACUAUAUAUGGUUUUGACUGUUUGCGCUCAGAACCACAUCGGGGGUGUAUUCACUAGGAACCAGAAGCAAUUGAACCAAUUCAGGUAGGGAAGGGACCUACCUGAAUUGGUCCAAUAGAAACUCUUGUGUGGAGUAAAUGGAAAACCACUUUUGCUACGGUCUGCAACUAAUGAAUACACCCCUGUAUUUUAUUGAGUUUGACCCUUAGACUGUCUAUACAGUUACCCUUUCAUCAUUCCACAGAAGGCAUGUUCUGUUUUUUUUAUCAAGUGCUACUGUGAGCAUAUUUUUAAAGGCCCAAGGACACAGAUGCAACAAACCGUUAUGUGGGAAAUAUUUCAAGAGUAUACAUUUGUUUAUAUGCAUUUCCUGUGUAUCUUUGGCAACCCUGGUCCAGAGCUCAGAGCAAUAUGACACCUGCCUUUAUGUGGCCUUCAGUCUGUCCCCCUCAGAGGUUUUUAGUUAUUAAACCCAGUCUGGCAAAGCAAGACUCAAUAACUGCAAACCCUUAAACUCCCGCCAUAGAGAGAGACCUGUAUAUUGGAAGACUUUCUUCACACUACAUCAGACCCACUGCCCCAUGGGAGCUCACUAACAGACAUCAACUAGAGCAGAGAAUCUUUACCCCCAACUCAGGAGCCACGUUCCAUUUCUAAAGGGCUUUGAGCUGGAGGAAGGGACAGAAAUGGAAUUGGGCCCGAUCUUCAGACCAUUUGUACACCGGUUUCGUCAUGAAAUGGCACUCUACUCCCCAUAUAGUGCACAGAGAAUAGGGUUCCAAUUUGGACACAACGACUCACUUGAGACCAGCUCUGGUUUGUGCCUCGUCCUGAAGUCUUGAGUUAUUAUUAUAAUCAAUCAUUUGCGUGUCAUGAAGUGUAUUUCUGUGAGCGAAUGCGUGACUAUGUAUAUAUUUGCAUAUUAAGACUUAACAAUCUGAGCGCAAGUUUGGGUUUUGAUUUAAUUUAAUUGUUCUGUGUAAUUCUAUGCUGAAAUCCAAAGAAUAAUCAUGUCUUUUUUAUCACCUGGACAAUAAUCUCCCUGUAAAGGAAAGAAUAAAAAAAUGAUAAGAUUUAA